UCGUUCGAUAUCUCCUCGACUCUUCUCUGUUUUCUCUCUCUCUUUCUCUCUCUCUCUCCUCGCCGUCCACGCGACUGCGCGAGACACUGAUCAACGGCCGGGUGGCAGGCGGCGGCCGUGGGGGUGGGGCUAGCUCCGUCGAUCGCCCGGGGAUACGGCGCGGUGCUGCCUCCAGCGCGCGAGGGGACAUGGGGAGGAACGGGAGCUUCAGGCGCCCCGCGGGGGCGGGGGCGGCCGCGGCGCCGCCGGCGUUCACGGUGAAGCCGGGCGACUACCGGCUGGUGGAGGAGGUGGGGUACGGCGCUCACGCCGUCGUGUACCGCGCGGUCUUCGUCCCCAGGAACGAUGUUGUGGCGGUCAAGUGCCUGGAUCUCGAUCAGCUCAAUAACAACAUCGAUGAAAUACAAAGGGAGGCUCAAAUAAUGAGCUUGAUAGAUCACCCUAAUGUUAUCAGGGCUUAUUGCUCAUUUGUUGUGGAGCACAGCCUUUGGGUGGUAAUGCCAUUCAUGACAGAGGGUUCGUGUCUACACUUAAUGAAGAUUGCAUAUCCUGAUGGUUUUGAGGAGCCUGUCAUUGGCUCCAUUCUAAAGGAAACACUUAAGGCUCUGGAAUACCUUCACAGGCAAGGUCAAAUCCAUCGUGACGUCAAGGCUGGUAAUAUCCUUAUUGAUAGUGCUGGUGUAGUGAAGCUCGGGGACUUCGGUGUUUCUGCUUGCAUGUUUGAUAGAGGUGACAGGCAAAGAUCUAGGAAUACGUUUGUGGGAACACCAUGCUGGAUGGCUCCAGAAGUGCUCCAGCCUGGCACUGGAUAUAAUUUCAAAGCUGACAUAUGGUCCUUUGGAAUCACUGCACUUGAACUAGCGCAUGGCCAUGCUCCGUUUUCAAAAUACCCCCCGAUGAAGGUUCUUCUCAUGACCCUCCAGAAUGCACCACCUGGUCUUGACUAUGACCGUGACAGAAGAUUCUCAAAGUCAUUUAAAGAGAUGGUUGCAAUGUGCUUGGUCAAAGAUCAAACAAAGAGGCCAACAGCUGAGAAGCUGCUGAAGCAUUCAUUUUUCAAAAAUGCAAAGCCUCCAGAAUUGACUAUGAAGAGUAUCUUGACUGAUUUACCUCCUCUUGCGGACCGUGUAAAGGCUCUCCAGCUUAAAGAUGCAGCACAGUUGGCUUUGAAGAAAAUGCCUUCUUCUGAACAGGAGGCGCUCUCCCUGAGUGAAUACCAACGAGGUGUUAGUGCGUGGAACUUUGAUAUUGAGGAUCUCAAGGCUCAAGCAUCAUUGAUUCGUGAUGAUGAGCCACCAGAAAUAAAAGAAGAUGAUGACACUGCAAGAAACAUUGAAGUUGAAAAGAAUUCAUCUCCUAGGAACUAUUUGGGGAAGCUAUCAUCUGCAAACGAAAACAGCUCCAGGGAGCGAACCUCUUCCACCACAGUAAAUUCAGAUGGAAAAGGCCCUAUUACAAAUGAAGCUUUUGAUUUUGAUUUUAGCGAGGCCGAAUGUGAAAGGAGGGCUGAUGGAUAUGAAAACAACAGAACAGAGAAUGAUUCAUUGCCCUCUACUUCAAAGCAGGAUCCAGAGUCGAAUCACUGGACAAGUGAUGUUGGGCAGAGACAACAGAUUUCUGGUGGGAACAAUAGCUCAACAGCUGAAAAGGGCCAUGGUUUUGAGAGGGAUGCAGCUGUUCAAAUGAUAUCUGACAAACAAAGAAGUGAUACGAGAAAAACAUCAAAUCUUAGUGGUCCACUGUCACUCCCAACUCGUGCUUCUGCAAAUAGUCUGUCAGCUCCUAUUCGAUCUUCAGGAGGUUAUGUAGAUUCAUUAGGCAACAAGUCCAAACAAAAUGUGGUGGAGAUUAAAGGCCGCUUUUCCGUGACAUCUGAGAACGUCGAUCUUGCAAAGGUUCAGGAAGUUCCAGUCAGUAGUCUCUCCCGCAGAUCACCACAGGUUUCACUGCUAAGAAAAUCUGCUAGUGUUGGUGAUUGGUUGGUCAAUUCUAAGCCUAUGUGCAAUAGUAAUCAACUGAAGGAACUUUGCAAUAGCUCAGUAUCAUCGUCGAUUCUAAUUCCCCACCUUGAGAACCUUGUGCAGCAAACUAUGUUUCAGCAGGAUCUGAUCAUGAACCUACUAAGUAGCUUGCAACAGAAUGAGAAAGUUGAUGCACUGCCUGGAAUAUCUUCUCAAGUCGGAACUUUGGACAGUGAUAAAAUGGCUGAUACAGCUAAUUCUGAGAAGGAACGAUCAUUACUUGUUAAAAUAUCAGAAUUACAGUCUAGGAUGAUAACACUGACCGAUGAACUAAUUGCAGCAAAGGCUAAAUCAGUUCAGUUGCAGCAAGAGCUAAAUGCAUUGUACUGCCGAGAAGAAAUAGAAGACAUUAGGGAUGAGGACAACGAAGGAACAUAACAUGAGGAGGAUGAAUGCAAUAUGAAUUACCUACCUUGGCUUUUACAGUGAGGUUUGGUUAACUGCUUGUGCCAAGGAGUUUUAACAAGAUAAGGAAAUUGAUGAACCAUCUGCUCUUCUGAGUCAGGAAUAUGUGCCGGAUCCACAGAGACUGCUCUUACAGCUGCUCUAUGGAAUUUGUUCUUUGAAGGUUGUCGUGCCCUUGGCCUGCUGCCAUCAGUGUGUAUAUCAGUUUUUUCUUUUAAUUGCCUUUUUUUUGUUAGUUCAACGGGAUUUUGGUGGUCACAAGAUUGCGUCGUGGUGCAUUCUACUAUUUUGGCCAUACCUAUCAUUGAAAUAGCUGUGAUUAUGUAGAGUUUCUAGGGUACCCGUUGGUUCUCCAUGCAGAAUAGCAGAAGACUGCAUAAUAAAAUGUAUUUUUAUCUAUAGCGUUAGAAUGUAUAUUUUUAUUGGCAGAUUCGUUAAUACUUACAUUGCAUGGCUAUUUGCAAACAUCCAAACAGAGUUGUUUGCAUAUCUAAUAAAGAAUACCUGUACUCA